UUUUGCUCAAUCUGCUAAAAUGUGUGCUAAUAUUCUACUCUGUGUAUUAUGGAAUCCUGUGCUUUUGUUUCACAGCAUUCAGACUUCAAAUGUUGGAUGGAUUUGCACCUUUUGAUUUUAAGACAAAACCUUCAUGGAUUAACCCACAUUAUAUAGUUCUUAUAGUAUCAAUGGAAUUAGCCUAUUUCAUCUCUGGCCUGCUCUUUGCCUUGGUUGUAGAAGAAUGGGUUUGGGAUUAUGCCAUAACUGUUACGGUCAUUCACAUCACAGUCACUUCAGCAGUAAUGGCUGAAUUUCCACUGAUGUUGCACUGGUGGGCAGCUUUAGGUUCUGGCCUAAUUUCAAUGAUUUGCAGUGGUCAGUGUUUGGCCUUUUACCUGUUCAAAGACAAUUUUAUUUAUCCUGUUCUUGAUGAUUUCUGAAAUAUUUUGUUCAGUGUCUCCAUUAUCCUUUUGACAAAAUAUGUUUGCAUCAGCAUGUAAUUUUCUGAAGAGCAGAACCAGAAACACUUCCAUAAUCUAUUAUUAUUGGUGUUGUUUAGGGAUCUUUUUAUAUUCUGUAAAUGUUCUACUUAUUUUAUUUUUAGCUUAAUAAGCUUUUCUCCUGAUAAAAUCUGGAAAGAAAUUUUAAAGGUAAAGCCUUGUUCCAGUACAUAAUAAUGAAUUUAGUCUAUAAUUGCUAGAUUAUUAUGAAUGUUCUCGCCAUAUUUUUUGGGAGAGUGGUGUGUGUGUGUGUGUGUGUAGAAAAUUAAUACUGACAAAUCCAUAUUAGAAUGUGUUAACCAUUAUGAGUAGAUUUUUCCACUAUAGCCUCAUUCUAAAACAAACAUUUUAC